AUGUUAUUUGAUUUCCAUUUGAAUGUAGAAGUGUGCUCAUCUAUUAAGGUUGUGAAGUAUCUGUACAAGUAUGUUUAUAAGGGCCAUGAUAGGGUUUAUUUCAAUGUGGUUGGUACAGAAAAAAAUUCUGAAGAUGAAAUAGAGAGGUUUCAGUCUGGACGAUGGGUGUCACCAUGUGAGGCAGCUUGGCGAAUUUUUUCCUUUGAUCUCUUUGAGAUGUACCCACCUGUGAAACAAUUGGCAGUGCAUCUGGAAAACAUGCAAACUGUUCAGUUACGUGCUCAUGAACAGUUAGAUUCUGCCAUGCUAAAUGAGCGUAGAUCCAAAACUCAAUUGUCAGAAUUUUUUAAGGCAAAUGCAGCCUCACCUCAAGGUACAGGAUACCUUUACAUCGAAUUUAUAGAGCACAACAGAUGGGAUUCCGGUAAGAAAAGAUGGUUUCAACAGCAAAACAAGAAACUUGUGGUUGGUCGGCUGGCAAGUGUGACACCAGCAAAAGGAGAGCGAUUUUUCUUACGGCUGUUGCUUGUUAAUGUACGCAGCCCUAAGUCAUUCACUAAUCUUCGGACUUUUAAUGGAUUACUUUGCGCCACUUUUCAAGAAGCAGCUAUUAAAAGAGGCUUAUGUGAAGAAGACAAUGUUGUUCAUGCAUGCUUGGCUGAAGCAACAGAAAUACACUUGCCAGGAGCCUUACGACGCUUAUUUGCAGCUGCAUGCUGA